AUGGGUCGUGGUCCCACUGUGAGAGGAGACAUACUAGACCAGGUUGUUCCAGGUACAUGCUACCCACCUGUAGACGGGGUGAGAAUUGGUCGUGGUCUCACUGUGAGAGGAGACACACUACACCAGGUUGUUCCAGGUACACGCUACCCACCUGUAGACGGGGUUAGAAUGGGUCGUGGUCUCACUGUGAGAGGAGACAUACUAGACCAGGUUGUUCUAGGUACAUGCUACCCACCUGUAGACGGGGUGAGAAUUGGUCGUGGCCUCACUGUGAGAGGAGACAUACUACACCAGGUUGUUCCAGGUACACGCUACCCACCUGUAGACGGGGUUAGAAUGGGUCGUGGUCUCACUGUGAGAGGAGACACACUAGACCAGGUUGUUCCAGGUACAUGCUACCCACCUGUAGACGGGGUGAGAAUUGGUCGUGGUCUCACUGUGAGAGGAGACACACUACACCAGGUUGUUCCAGGUACACGUUACCCACCUGUAGACGGGGUUAGAAUGGGUCGUGGUCUGACUGUGAGAGGAGACAUACUAGACCAGGUUGUUCCAGGUACACGCUACCCACCUGUAGACGGGGUUAGAAUGGGUCGUGGUCUCACUGUGAGAGGAGACAUACUAGACCAGGUUGUUCCAGGUACAUGCUACCCACCUGUCGACGGGGUGAGAAUGGGUCGGGGUCUCAGUGUGAGAGGAGACACACUACACCAGGUUGUUCCAGGUACACGCUACCCACCUGUAGACGGGGUGAGAAUGGGUCGUGGUCUGACUGUGAGAGGAGACAUACUAUACACCAGGUUGUUCCAGGUACACGCUACCCAUCCGUAG